AUGUCUGCCUCGCCUGCCACCAACAACUCCACCGCACAAACAGAGUCCAAGUCUGCGAAAAAGAAGCAAGCAACGAGCGAAGCUUCUCAGAGUGUAGAUGGCACGACCCCGACACCCUCGAACCCGGACACUGAGUCAAAACCUGCUACCAACGGUGUGGCCGACGACGACUUUGAUGAAGCCACCUUCUUCAGGGAUCUCCAGAAGAGCUUGCGCAAUGCCACCAAGAAACUGAACGCCACUGCCAAAGUUGAUAGCAUCAUCGCCGAAAACCCUGGAAAAUCUCUCGAUGACUUGGUUGCCGAGAAGAAGAUCAAUGUAGAUCAGAAGGCUCAAGCAUUGAAGAAACCCACGCUGCAGGCCAACGUCGCCCAGCUUGAGGAGCAACUCGCUCAGUACAAGAAAUUUGCGGCUCACUACGAGAAACGUCUUGCCAAACAGAAGGCUGAUCUGGAGAAUGCACACAAGGAGGAGCUUGAGGCCGUGCGGGAAAAAGUUGCAGCCGAGUUGAAAGAGUCUCAUCAGAAGAACAUCCGUGAACAAUUGCUCGCCCUGAGCAAAUUCCUGCGUGCUGCUGCUGCCAUGAGACGCAUUGGCGAUGAGACUGCGCCGGAGAGCCGAGCGUUUGAGGGCGUGCUGUUCCAGGUCUACGGAGGCACUUACGAGGCCGUCGACUCGAUGCUCAAGCUGAUCAACGGUGCUGAGGAGAAGGUCCCUGCGGUGGAGGGCGACAUCUUGGACGUUACUUACGCGCAAGUGAAGCAGACUUCGGAGCAGUACGCUCCAGCUCCGCCCGAGGGAACCUGGACACAGAGUCAGGAAGCCCCUGCUGCGGAAUCUGCGCCAGCGUCUGAUCCUACCGUGGCCAAUGCUGGCUUGACCGAACUUCAGGAUACUUCUACGACGGCCCAGACGAAUGGAGUCGCCCCGUCCGGUACAACUCAACCGGAAGUUACUACGGCUCCUUCCCAAACGUCUGUCGGGGAUGCAGCGAAUGCUGCGGCUGAGACAAACUCUGGAACCGCGUCUGCGAAUGCUGAUGAGUGGACUGAGGUGCCGCGCGACCCGGCCGAGACCGAGACUGGCGUCCAGGCUACCCCUGCGGCGGGCCAACCCACGACCACCUGGGCAGAGGAUGGUUCUAGCACCCAAGCGACUGCCGCGAAUAACGAAGGAAACGAUGGCUUUGAGCAGGUUGUUCACCACCAGCGACAAAACAGCAUCCGUGGUCGGGGAGGCGCUCGCGGACGAGGUCGCGGUGACAGCUUCCGCGGUCGUGGUCGAGGAGAUUUCCGGGGACGAGGCCGUGGCCGCGGUGAUUUCCGAGGCGGACGAGGUCGUGGUGGGUUUGCAGGCCAGCAGGCCAACCGCGCAGAGGCCGUUGCCAGCCAGGGAUGA